AAUGUUUUAUGUUCAAUGCUCCAUUGUAGAAACGAUAUUAAACAAUCAUUAUUCAAUAAUUCUAAAUGGCAGAAGCAUUUUCUAAAACAAUAUUUUAUAUUACCUAUAGAUUUAUUGACAGAUGCGAUAGAAAACCGGUUAAGUACGUCAAGAUUGAUUUCAGAGUCAAUACGCCUGGAAACAGCAUUGCUGGCAGUGCUUGGUAUGUGCUGCAUUUUGUGCUGUGUAAUACCUGGAAUUGAGCUUUGGCUUGCAUGUCGUCCAAUAAGAGAAGAUUACAAACCGAGUCAACAUCCUAGCGCGCUUACAUUUUUCCUGGCAUUUUUUGUUUGUGUACUCGGAUUGGGCAUGAUUACAAUGAUCGUAUGUAAUGAGACAGUAUCUGCAAGCGUGGAACAAUUUCCAAUUGUAGUUGAAACUGCCUUACAAGACUUAAACGAUUAUCAUAGUAGCACAACGAUUCAACUACGCAAAUGCCUUUCAAGAAGUCUAGAUGUGGCUAGCGAAGCAAUUCUUGCAGAUCUAGACAAUAUAGAAGAAUUAUUGGGAAAGCCAGUGCAGAAUGAAUUAUCCACUGAAACAGGACUAGAUAACGCCUUAAAUAUGCUUGUAGAUCUCGCAAAUGCCAGCUAUAAAAUUUCAAGUAAUGUUGAAUCUUUAUUAAGCGAUGGUGAAAAUAUUCGUAGUCUUGGGAAGCAAUUAAGUCGUGAAAUUGAUGAUUUACGUCGAAAUUUGGAAAGCAUAUUGAGAGCUUGUACCGGACGCGAUCGUCCCCUUUGUACCAUUAUUGAUUCUUUUGGAUUACGAUUAGCUUUACGGAUAGAUCAGUUUCUGAGAGAUGAUCAUUUGCUGCGUUUACGUGAUUUGAAACGAGAAAAUUUUACAGAAACUAUUCGUCAAGCUCGAGGAGAGUAUAUGUACAUUCCACAACAUAUUGCGAGGAAUAGUUUAGAAGUUCGGAAUCAAAUUCGACGUGAAGUGAAUAAAAUGCGUGCAAGAAUCUUUGAUGAAGCACGAAAUAUGGAAGCAAGCAAUUCCGAGCUCGUUAAACAAUUAGAAUUUGCAAGGCAUCUAGUGGAUUAUACGACACCAUAUAUAAUAGUCUUCGAACAUGUCAGAUGGCUUAUAGGUAUUGGUGCCGUACUAUGUAUCUUAAUUGUCUGGUUAUUAUUGUUAGGAGCUCUUUCUUGUCGUUGUGGUUCUUCUGAAGAUAAAGUACGACUUACACUUUUAUGUGGUGUAUUUAUGGCUUGUUUCAUCUCAAUUAUAUUAUGGGCAGUUUUUCUAAUGACUUUGAUAUUAUCGAGUCAUACAGAAAUGUUAAUCUGCCGUCCACUUCAUGAUCCGAAUUAUAGUACAAUGCAAGCUAUCUUGGAAACUCGAAUAUUCUUAGGAAAAAGAUUAAGCGUAUCUUUGAAAGAUCUAUUCGAAAAAUGUCGAGAAAACGAGCCCGCAUAUCCAGCUUUUGGAUUAGGCAGUACAAUGAAGUUAGAACAACUUACUGCAUAUUGGACUUGGUCAAGCUUUACCAGAAUUAUACUAAAAAUUAAGGUUGAAUUGAAAACUUUAAAAAUAUUUACGCCGUAUUUGCGACAGCAACUACAUAAUUUAUUAUAUGCUUGUGGCUUGAAUUUAACAGAACAUAGGAUUAUGAUCCAAGGAAGAAUAUUAAAUAAAGAUUUGGAAGCAAUGUCAGAUCAACUGGACAAAGUUACCGAACAAAUGAGCGACAGAUUAACAGCCAGAAGCUUGGAAACUAUUGUAAUAAAUAUGCAAGAUUUGACUCUAAGGCGAGUGAAACCUUUAAUGAAAUUACAGAACGCAUUGUUAUAUAAACUCGCUGCAUUAGAAUUGCAAGUGCAACCAUUACGACAACAGGUUAAUCAAUCGCUUACUAAUUUGAAGACUAUUCAAUAUUAUAUUGAUAAUCAAGGAGAUAAGAUUGCUCAAUUGAAAACAAAGCUUUACACAGAUCGACUAGCUAAUUAUUUGGAUCAAUGGAGAUUCCACGUAUUGUCCGAAAUGGGCAAUGGAGUAGCAAAAUGCCGACCGCUUUGGGACGUCGUAGAAGGAAUUAAACUUUUACUAUGUAGUCAUUUUUUAGGUAAUUUGAGUGGAUACUGGUUUGCUACGUUUUUAUGCAUAGUUAUUAUGAUAGCAAGCACACCAACUGCUCAUAUUUUGUCUUUGAUAUAUAAAAAAUUUCCAUCUGUUACAAAGGACGCUACUCUUAUAUCCACAAGAUCAGCAGAUCCUCCGACCGAAACCAACGAACAAGAAAAUUGGAAUACACCCGAACCACCACCACCACCACCACCCGAACCCGAAGAAGGAUGGCAAUAAAAAUUAGAAAUAUUUCACCGGAUAAUUCAUCCAUAUUCCUGUAUUUCUGCAUAAUAUAUUUUCACUUUUUGCAAUCAGUACUUAAUGCUUAUGAAAGUUCUAAUUGAUUAAACGAUAUAAAUAUUUGAAAAAUUAAA